AUGAAGGCCACAAAACUCCUUGCGGCGUGCGCAGGCUUCCGGCUGUGUGCGCUGCCUGUGUCCCCGCGAUUUGCGAUAGAUAUUAAUUCCUACAUGCGUAAUAAUGACCCGGGCGUAAUUGGCCUUCCCAUGAACAUGCUCAUGGUAUCGAUCUACAAAAUCGACAGCAGGCUCAAAUUGGACGCACCGUAUAGGGUGGCUCUGUGGAACAAGUUAAAAAAAAACGAUCCAGUUGGCGCACAGAAAAAAAACCAUCCAGUUGAUGAAAGUUCACGUUGCGCUGGAGGCGGCUGCGCGCACAGAAAGCGCGCCGUGAGAUUGGGAUUCUUGAUUGAACCCUCGCCGUCGUCGCCGCCUCUUGAAUAA